AUGAAAACUAAUCCAUAUAAUCCAUAUGCAUCAACGGGGCCUGUAUUUCCACUUGAAGUUUCUUCCUCCUUAAAUGAUGCAGUUAACAAACAUUUGUUAUUAGUUUUGUUAUACGGAAAAAGCCAUAUUUGUUAUUUUCGCGAAGUUCAAGGAAUAAAAUUGAUGAUUAAUAGUAAAACUUGUUUACUUGAACAAGAAAAUGAUCCAACACAACUUCGUUCACACUCUCCCGGAAAGCUUGUGAGAUUUUUGGUGGAGUCUGACGAUCAUGUAAAAAGAAGUGACGCUUACGCUGAAAUUUAA